AUGCAGACGGUGACCUUGAGCCCCCUCGACGUCCCUGCCCCCCCAGGGGCCCCUGGGCCCCUGGGGCCCCCAGAAGCCCUUGGAGGUCUCCUGGGGCCCCUGGGCGCCCUGGGGGCCCUGGGUGUCGGGGGCAGGGGGAGGGGGCCCCCAGAGGCAGUUGUAGCUCUGGUGGGGGCCCCCAAGGUUGUGUAUGACUUUGAGGCCAACAGCUGCUUAGCUGUGUUGCUGCAGCAGCUGCUGCUGCUCAACCCUUCUUGCUGCUGUCUCCUCGCGCACAGCAGGCGGCUGGGGAUCGUCUGCCCCACUUCAUCGAUCCCCGUCGAUGUCUUCGCCGAGGAUUUCUGGGAUCGCUUCUGCAUACUCAACCCCACACACGAUCCCACACACGAUCCCACACUCGAUCCCACACUCAACCCCACACACGAUCCCACACACGAUCCCAGACACGACCCCACACACGACCCCACACUCGAUCCCAGACACGAUCCCAGACACGAUCCCAGACACGACCCCACACACGACCCCACACACGACCCCACACACGAUCCCAGACACGAUCCCACACACGACCCCACACACGCUCCCAGACACGACCCCACACACGCUCCCAGACACGACCCCACACACGAUCCCAGACACGAUCCCAGACUCGAUCCCAGGGCAGUACACGGCCCCCGAUUCCAGCUGUACGUGCACCCCACACCACCGACAGCUGUGGCCUUUGCGGGGAUCGUCGAUCCCACGGAGCUCAGCGGCGCCGCUGCUAUCAUCGGGGGGCCCCCGGGAGAGGAGGGGCCCCCAGAGAAGAAAAUCCUUAUGGUGGAGGAGAGGGGCUUGCUGCAUAUAAAAGAACGAGCUGCUGCUGCUGCUGCUGCAUCAGCAGCAGAAGAAAAAGAAGAAGAAAAGGAAACAGCAGAAGGAGACAAAGAAACAGAAAAAGAAAAAGAAAAAGAAAAAGAAGCGGGGGCCCCCUUCUCGAUGCACCCGUGGCAGGCAGCAGAGGCUGCUGCUGGGGGGGAGAUCUGGGAGCUCCGUAUAUAA